UAUCAAUGUCAAUGUGUCACCCAUUCUUGUUCGGGUAAGAUUACACAUAUACCACAUCGACAAAUUUGCUAACAAAUAAGUGGAAGACUUCUAGGAGGCGCCACAACUUGUGCGGAUGAAAUGCGUAACGAACUUUAACUGUUUUUCAAACCCAAAACGUCUUCUCCAACCGCCCAAAACCCUAAACCCUCAGAACCCACCAUCCAUAGUUGAAAAAUUAAAGAAAUGUUCGACUCCAACAGAGCUAGAAAGUGUAUGUGCCUCAAUGAUCAAGACCAAUGCCAUCCAAGACUCUUUCUUUACGAACCAACUCAUCACCGCCCUUUCGACUUUUUCCCACCUAGAUUAUGCAGUUUUAGCCUUCACCCAGAUGGAAAAUCCGAAUGUUUUCGUCUACAAUGCGAUGAUCAGAGGCUUUGUUCGUUGCGACCACCCAUUUCAGGCUUUGAAUUGUUACAUCAAUAUGUUGAGGGACAUGGUUUUGCCUAGCAGUUAUACGUUUUCGCCGUUGAUCAAGGCCUGCACCUCUCUGUCCGCAUUGCGGGUUGGAGAGUCUGUUCAUUGUCACAUUUGGAGAAAUGGGUUUGGCUCACAUGUGUUUGUUCAGACUGCUUUGAUUGAUUUUUACUCGAAGUUGCGGCAAAUAAGUGAAUCCAGAAGGGUGUUCGAUGAAAUGCCUGAGAGAGACCCUUUUGCAUGGACUACAAUGGUUUCGUCUCACGCUCGAGUGGGGGAUAUGAGUUCGGCGAGGAUAUUAUUCGAUGAGAUGACGGAGAAGAAUGCAGCUACUUGGAAUACAAUGAUUGACGGCUAUGCAAGAGUAGGUGAUGUAGAAUCUGCAGAGUUGUUGUUUAAUCAGAUGCCAACUAGGGAUAUAAUAUCAUGGACUACUAUGAUUGAUUGUUAUUCUCAGAACAAGAAAUUUCGAGAAGCAUUAGCAAUUUUCGAUGACAUGAGGACUAAUGGGAUCAACCCUGAUGAAGUGACCAUGGCAACUGUUAUUUCGGCUUGUGCCCAUCUCGGAGCUCUUGACUUGGGAAAAGAGAUACAUCUUUACACGAUGGAGAACAGAUUUGAUCUCGAUGUUUAUAUUGGAUCUGCACUGAUUGAUAUGUAUGCAAAGUGCGGGACAUUGGAGAGGUCUCUUUUGGUUUUCUUUAAAUUGCGGGAUAAGAACCUGUUCUGCUGGAAUGCAGCGAUCGAAGGGCUCGCAGUUCAUGGAUAUGCUAAAGAAGCACUAGCAAUGUUCAGCAAGAUGGAGAGAGAGAAGAUCAAGCCAAAUGGGGUUACUUUUGUAAGUGUUUUAAGUGCCUGCACUCAUGCAGGACUUGUAGAAGAAGGCCGCAGGAGAUUUUCAAGCAUGAUCCAGGAUUAUUCCAUCUGUCCUGAAGUUGAGCACUAUGGAUGCAUGGUGGUUCUGUUGAGCAAAGCCGGCAUGCUUGAGAAUGCACUAGCGUUGAUAAGAAGCAUGGAGUUUGAACCAAACUCUGUUAUAUGGGGUGCAUUGUUAGGUGGAUGCAAGCUUCAUAAAAACUUGGAGAUUGCUCAAGUUUGUAUCAAGGAGUUGAUGGUGUUGGAACCAAAUGAUAGCGGGUAUUUCAACCUUUUGGUGAACAUGUGCGCUGAUGCGAAACGAUGGGCAGAAGUUGCAGAUAUUCGAUCAACCAUGAAGGAACUUGGAGUUGAAAAGGGUUGUCCUGGGUCCAGUUGGAUUGAAAUGGAAAGGAAAGUUCAUCAGUUUGCCGCAUCUGAUGAAUCUCAUUCAGCUUCUGCUGAAAUUUACUCGUUGCUGGCAGAUUUAUAUGUGCAGCUGAAACUUGAUGUUUGUGUUCCUGAACUUGGCUCUGAGUUAUAGCAGUGCAGUCUUUAAAACAAAAUUGACAUCCACAGGAAAAUACGAACGGCGUUUUCCUCUGCACUGUCACUAGGUUCAACUCAACGCGGUUUAAAAUGAGGCAGGGCAGAUCCACCAUUUUUUCCAUUGGCUCUGUAAUAUGCAGUAUAUUCUUCAUGAAGGGUGUCCCUGUAUAUGGGUGGAUU